AUGAAUCGCUACGUGUUCCCUGCCGCAUGCGGCCUGGGCUUGAUCGGCAACGUCCUCAGUCUCGGGAUCCUCCUGCGCACCCGACUCAAGAAGUCGUCCUAUAUUUUCCUGUUCGCGCUGACAUUUUCUGACAGCUGGGCUUUGUUUUACCGGCUAGACUUCACGAGGCUGCUCAUAUACUACGGUUCCGGGGUCGCGUCUGUCGGGUGGGCGUUUUCUGAAGAGGGGGCCUAUGCUCUUUACGUCAUCAACAGAAUAAUAGAAUUCCUUUCAAAUCUCGGCGCCUACUGUUCGACAACGCUUCCCGUCGUCAUCAUGGUGGAGCGGUGCGUGGCCGUUUUUUUCCCGUUAAAAUUUAACCGUCUGGUAACGGCGAAGAGGGCUUGGAUAGUCGUGUUUUGUGUUUAUUUAUUCUGGCUGCCAUGGUGUUUCAACGCUGUAUUUUUCACAAAGUUCUAUUACUUGCGCUUAAGCGGCAUCAACGUAGGUUUGCCAAUCUUAUCCUCAUACUAUUUAACCAAUUUAAAGAUUAUAGAAAUCUGCAACACAUAUUUCUUCGCGUCUCUGGCAUCCUGGGUCCCUGUUUGUCUCGUCGUCAUUGGAGCGGUAGUUCUUGGAAUUAAGAUAAAAGUUUCACAGCGAAAACGCCAGGAGCUUCUGUCUUCGAUUUCCACAGCAUCACAGGCUACGCAUAGAACGACUCGGACACUGGUCAGUGUGUCCAUAGUUUUUGCAAUCUUGUAUGGAUAUGGAUUCGUGACCGUCCUUGUUGUGCCAAUUGAAGCGAGCAACGGCUUGCUUGGAAUCAUUACGACACAGACGCGCUUCUUGGCAACCUACCUUAACAGCUCGAUCAAUUUCUUCAUUUACGUUGCCACGAACAAUAAGUUCAGGAAGUACUUCCUUGAAAAUUUGUCGUGGUUGCGCAGCUGCAGAUAA